AGGGGGAGAAAACUAGAGGGCUAGAGGGUGCGUGUAGGCCUGGGGAAUCAGUCGCGGACGAGCUGCGUUGGGGGUUUUAUCUAUAUAGAGUUCGCGAUAGCUCUCCUAACCCGACGGCGUCUCCGCUUCGACGCGCUUUCACACGUAACGAACGGUGAUUGUUCGCAAUAUCUAGUCAGCGAGCCUGUGGACAACCCUCAGCGUUAAACUCGACGCUCUAUUCGUAAUUGCCAAUAAUUUUAAAAAACAAAGGAACAAAGCAGCAAACGCUGUUCGCCAACAUCUUUCUCGAUUACAUAUGUCAAGACCGAAUGUAUAGCGCAUUGUUUUAUUUUUGUUUUAUGCCCUAAGAAUUAUUUAUUCGCGCAGUGCAAUUCGAAUUGUUUUGUUAUUUACAUUAAUGUUAUAUACCAACAUUUGACAUUGCAAUUAUUCCUCGUUCCUCCGUUCAAUUGCCGAUAGAUCGAGAAAACCGCGGGAAAAGUGAGUGUGUGAAUUUUCCGUGAUAAAAAAAAAAAAAAAAAAAAAAAAGAUAAAACAAAAUAAAUUCGAUCGUUUGUUGAAAGCAACGAAAAGUUACUUAAAUACGAGAGCCAAGGCAAAAUAAAUCAUUAAAUAAAAUUGUUAUUUAGAUUUACAUCACAUUCUAUUGCGUUACCUUUCCAUAAACAAAAGUACGAGAAUAUACCGAGGAGACAAGUCUCUUGGAAUACGCGCCACGCAGUUACAGUCUUGCGCGCACACGUCUAGCUCAAACUUUCAUCGUAUAGAUAUAUAUAGAUACAACUACGUACCAUACACGCAUAUGUGUAUACACACGGACGUUAUAUAAUCUAUACAAACGUACCACCUUACUGCACGAGCUAAAACUACCCUCUGUUGGAUUUUCUCUACGUUUAUAUACGCAUAUAAUAUAUAUAUAUAUAUCUAUAUACAUUGAUAUAUACAUAUAUAUUAUUAUAUAUACUGAAAACUCGUACUCCUCGUUGAUCUCUUCAGCCGGCAAUAUCACGUCGUUCGCACCAAUGGUUCAUAUUGUGGAAGCGGUGCCGUCGCGUCGGAACGACUUUCAAAUGAUGAACCGUCCUAUUCAAGUGAAGCCGGCGGACAGUGAAAACCGCGGAGACAGAAAGCUGUUCGUGGGAAUGCUCAGCAAGCAACAAACUGAAGACGAUGUGCGACAGUUGUUCACUGCCUACGGUACAAUAGAGGAGUGCACCAUUCUACGAGGUCCCGACGGAACGAGCAAAGGCUGCGCAUUUGUUAAAUUCUCAUCACAUCAGGAAGCAUUAGCAGCGAUCAACUCUCUCCACGGUAGUCAGACUAUGCCAGGUGCUUCGUCCAGCAUAGUGGUAAAGUACGCAGACACUGAUAAAGAGAGGCAGGCGAGACGAAUGCAGCAAAUGGCCGGAAACAUGAGUCUCCUAAACCCCUACGUCUUCAACCAAUUCGGGGCAUACAGCGCUUUCGCCCAGCAGCAGGCGGCGCUCAUGGCUGCCGCAGCGGCGCAGGGAACUUACAUCAACCCUAUGCCCGCUCUAACGUCCGGGCAGCAAUUGCAUGGCCUUAAUGGCAUGCCAAAUACCGUCGUCCCACCGACUUCCGGUUUGGUAACAGGUACGGGAACAGGACAACCAGUGAAUGGAGCGAUACCAUCGCUUCCGGCAUCGCCAACGAUGCCGAACUUCAAUAUGGGAGCCCAAACGCCGAACGGUCAGCCAGCAGGCACGGAUCAGGGAGUCUAUACAAACGGUAUAGCUCAAACGUACCCGCCACAUACCCUCCAUCUGUCCAUUCCAGCCCAGGGGCUGACCAAUGGGGAGGCUCUUCAGCAUGCCGCGUAUUCCACAAUGCAGCCGUAUUCUGCUGUCGCUUAUCCCGCCGUCUACGGCCAUCAGUUUCCUCAGGCUAUACCACAGUCGAUGACAGCGGUGGCCCCUACGCAGAGAGAAGGAUGCUCUAUCGCAGGACCCGAGGGCUGCAAUCUCUUCAUCUACCACCUGCCCCAGGAGUUUGGAGAUACCGAGUUAAUGCAGAUGUUUGUUCCCUUUGGUCCGGUCAUUUCCUCAAAGGUCUUCAUCGAUCGAGCGACCAAUCAGAGCAAGUGCUUCGGUUUCGUGUCCUUUGAUAACACGACGAGUGCGCAGGUAGCGAUCCAGUCUAUGAACGGCUUCCAGAUAGGGAUGAAGCGGUUAAAGGUCCAAUUGAAGAGGCCCAAGGAGAGCAGUAAGCCGUAUUAACCCACGUCCUAACCAAGACAAACCGGCCGGAUCGCGCCCUACGUCAUAACUUAUAGAACGAUGUCACACGACAACGCAGGCCCAUUGGACGCUCGAAGAUCAGGAUUAACGAGCUCGAAUCACCGCUACAACGCUCUCCACCAUAACAACCUAGUCUACUAGUUAGUUAAUUCUUUAGAGAUUAAUUAGAGUGUCAGUUGAAGUGGACAAGGGAGAGAAAAGGAGAAGAGUGAAAAUUAAAUGAGAGAAAAUGAUGAAAAGAAAAGCGAAAAAAAAAAAACAGAAGAAACGAACGAACGAACGAAGGGAAAAGACGCGCAGUGGAAGAAAAAAAGGAGAUGGACUUCGCCGUUGGUAGGAAAGCAGCUAAAAACAUUUGUCUUUUGGGGUUCGCCCUCGAGGACUUGUUUUACCUUCAGGAUAUCCAUACAAACGAGUGAAGGGACAAGAAUUAUAGAACAACCCAGAAACAACCCAAAUCAUGACGAAAUCACAAAACUGGAGGAGCAACUGACACAAGGAUUAACAGCAUCAAUGAAGAUUGCAAAUGACGAAAACUGUAUUUUUUUUCUUAAGUCAUAAACGAUCAAUCCGGCGCAAAAGAUCCUUCCUGCGAAAUGCAUACACUUUUGAAUAAACGAAGGCACACUCUCAUACACAUAUAUACGGACACACAAACACAUAUAAAUAAAUAAAUAAAUAAAUAAAUAAAUAAAUGAAUAAAUAUACAUAUAUAUGUAUAUUUAUACCCAUGUGAAUAUAUACAUAUACAUAUAUAUGUAUGUAUAUAUUAUAAAUAAAUAUAUAUAUCGAGGUAGUAGGUUUUAUAUACCGCGAUAGAGAAAAAUUUGUAGUUUGUAGGCCACGGCGUUGCGUCCUUUUUGGCUCGUGUAUCUCUCCCUUGGAACGAGCGGCGAGGAAAACAGAAUUUAAGAAAAAAUUGAGAGAAAAAAGAAAAGAAAAAACAAACAAAAAACGAAUAACUAAUCGAAGAGGAGUUAAGUAAAAUGGCAAUGUUUUCACGAGGUUCGUUGAGCUUUGGGAAGGAAGAAAUAAUCUUGGAGACUCGUCGACGUUGAACCGAUAUUCGAUUGUUAAUUUUAUUAUGUUUUCAUCUCGUUUCGCGGUUAAUCCCAUUUUUCAAAUUCUCUGUCUUAUUUUUCCCCCCCGCUCACAACGAAUUUCGUGAUUUUCAGGUUAUAAGUAUAAUUAUAUAAUUAUAUCAUCUAGUCAACCGGGGCUGUGUGGAACAAAUCGCAAGAUGACCAUCAAGAAAAACAAGAAAAAAAGAGAACAAAAAAUUAAUUAACGCAUUGACACUCAUGAAAGAAUUUGGACCGGUGAUCGAUAGAUAAGUUGAAAAAGAGCUGAAAAUAAUGAAAGGAACAAAACUGGAGUGAAAAGUCUUAACGACGAGCCGAUCAGGCUGGAAAUAAAGAAACGAGAAAACAAACUUUUCGAGAAAUCGUUCUAAGAGAGUUAAAAAAAAAAAAAAAAGCGAAAAAACAUUCUCCUACUACUAUUUUCCGCAUCUCCGAGUUUUUUCCUCGAGCAUGGAUGUGAUUCGAAAUUUCUUAAUUCAAUAUCCUUUGGCGAUUGGGCGUGUUUAAAAAAUGAAAAAGACAUGGGUGAAUAUUGUUACAGAUAAAAUCACGAGAAUGCUAACAAACAUUUUUUGUUUCUUUUCUUUCUUGUUCCACUAAGUUUUUCGUUUUCUUUUUGUUUUCCUUAUCGAGAAUCCAGAUCUCGGAAUGUUCCUUCGACAAUCUUCGCGUUGUGCGACACUUUACCCGAGAUUAUCGAACUCUUGUAACAGGUUGCGCGCAACAGAAUAAUAAACGAAUAGAAAUUUGGGAGUUUUGAUUGUUGAUCGAAAGAAAAAAUAAAAAGAAAUUAAAUGAAAAAAAUAAAAUAAACAAAUCGAAACGAUAACAAAGUAUAUUAAAAUUGUUUCAAAUGAAUGAGCGGAAAAAAAAAGGAAAAGAAAACGAAGACAAGGGUGCGAUGGUGAGAAGCGUUGAGGCUGAGAGGACACGACAAAUAUAUUAUUAAAUUAUUAAAGUACGGUAGCGAGUGAGAUGAGCGAAAAUGAUGAUGAAAGCUCGGAUCUAGCGAAAUAAUCAACAAAAGUACCAACUACCAAUAUUAUUAUUGAGAAUAAAACAAAGCAUAUAUGUAUAUAUAUGCACAUCUAUAUAUAUAUAUAUAUAUAUAAAUAUAUAUAUAUAUACAUAAAUAUAAAUUAAUAUAUUGAUUGAAGGCAACUAGCAGCUUAGUGGAUUAUUAUUAUAUUUAUUAUUAUAUUUACUGCUAUUAUUAUUAUUAUUAUUAUCAUUAUUAUUAUUAUUAUUAUUAUUAUUAUUAUUAUCAAUAUUAUCAAGUUGAACGGGGUGGAAGGGUAAGGCGAAAAUAAAUGAUGGCGAAGUUUGCGAAGACAGUGGAAAAAAUAACGAUGGUCCUCUCGUUUUUAUGCGGCUGCGAUGACAAAUGUAUACAUACGUAUGUGUAUAUAUUUAUAUAUAUAAAUAUACAUAAAUAUAUGUGCUCAUAUAAAUAUGUAUACGUAUAUAUAUAUUUAUGGAUAUGUACCUGUGUGCGUGUGUGUGUGUGUGCGCGUGCGUGCGUGCGUGCGUGUGUGUGUGAGUGGGUGUGUGUGGGCGCACGAGCGUGUGUGUAUAUAAAAAUAAAUCGACCAGAUCGCGAAAAAUCAGUUGAGCAUCUCUAUUUGUGCGAGUUCGAAAUGCGAUUCGCUAAUCGUUUAUCAUAUUGAAACUGUAAUAAAACGAAUUAAAGAAAGAAGAACGAGAUUAAAAAAAAAAAAAAAAAACAAAACAAAAACGAAAAAAAAACAACAAAAAAAAAAACAAGCAUAAGAAAGGGCGACUCACCGUUUGAAAUGGUCGAAGAAAAGAAAACGAAUUCCUCGCUAAAUGUACACAUUAAGGGCUGCUGUUUCCCUCCAGUAAAUCAACCGAGGGAGUUGUUCCGUAUGCUUCAACACUUGACACAAUUGAGAAAAAAAAAAAUGAAAAACGAUAUGUUUAUUUACAUACACAUGUAUACACAUAUGUAUGUACAUGUGUGAUAAAUAGUCACGUAAUUAUGAAUUGAGGGGAAAAGAAAAACACUAAAGACCAGCGACGAAUGAGAGAUAGGAAGGACGGAAUCGACUCUUUCGCCGGGGUCGAAAAAUCAUAGGUUACAGUGAAUUUUGGGAGUGCUGAAGAGAAAAUUACUACUUGUUAAGAGUAACGAUAAAUUAAUCGAUAACGAUACACGAUAAAGUACCGGUGAAAAAAUAAACCUUUGAAGAUGGAAGAAAAAGAGCGCACACACACACGCGGACACACACACACACACACACACACACACACACAGACACGGACACACAUACACAUACACGCAUACGCGCGCGCGUACACAGAACUCAUGCGAUUGUAGAAAAUGAUUUAUACGUAUUGAAAGCUCGUACGUGAGGUAACGUGACGAGCUGUCAAGACUUACACUUAUUUGAAAUAAAAACAAAGAAUAUAAAAUAAAUGAGGAGUGGAGCGGAGAGAGAGAGUGAGAGAGCGAGAGAGAGACAGAUACGAUUGAUAAAAAAAGAAAAAGGAAAAUUUUGGAAGCUCCGAAAAGUAAUUCGGGACGAGGCUUAUCGACUAUAGAACUAUAAUAUUAAUGGAAAGGAGAGGGGGCGGGAUUGAACGAGGACACAUCGAGGCACGAGAAACAAGAAAAGUUCGAAGCCCAUGAAUAGAAUUGAAAGAUAAAAAGCAAAGGAAGAAAAACACUGAACAAACAGCGAGAAUGGGGAGGGGCCAGGGUACGAGAACAACCAGAGAGAGAGAGAGAGAGAGAGAGAGAGACACACACACAGGUAAACGAUUCUCCGCAAGCACCAAUCGAUAAUAUCACUACGAUAUAAGCUUUUUAAAGUACGAUAUACAGAUAAAAGUUGAUAACAAAAAAGAAAACUCGAUAAUGAUAAUACUAAAGUUUUAAGAUGCGUAAAAGGAUUAAAAAGAAAAAAUACACACACACACACACACACACACACAUACACGUACACACACAGAGUAUAAAAAUAGCUCAUAAUGAAUAAAGAACGAAGAAAAAUCGAGAUGAAAGAACGAUAGCGCGGGAGGGGCAGGGGAGGGUAAACAACCAAACGCAACCUAUACUAAAUAAACAUAAAGAGUGGCAGAUUAAUCGAAGCGAUGCAACCGCGAAGGAAGCAGGGAUAAGAAAAAGGAAAAAAGGAAAAUCGAGUCAAGAAACAGGGAGAGAGAAAAACCAAGAAAACAAAAUAAACUAUUUUAUCCAAGAAGUUUUUGCUACAACCGAGUAGUGUGCAUCUUGCUAAUGAAGUAAUCAAUUUUAAGGGGAAUGAAAUAUAUAAAAAUAAAUAACAGAUACAACAAAAAUAAAAGUAAUACACAAAAAAAAUUCCUAGCUCUUAAGACGGAGAAAAUAAUAAUGAAAUAAUGGAUAAUAGUGAUCGAUGAAAAUCAGCUUUGAAUUUAUUUUUACAUGACAUUGAUGAUGAUAAUGAUGACGAUGAUGAUGAUUACGAUGAUGAAUAAUAAUAAUGGCGUUGCUAUUUCCCCGUUCGUACAAUUAAGUGUGUCCCGGAUCGCGGAUAUGUUCGAGUUAUCUUGCGAAAUAAUCAACAAUGUUUUAUGAAAUGCAGAGAAAAAUAAGGAAGGAAAUGAUUGAACUACAAGCUCUGAAUUCCAACAAUAUACACGCGCUGCUCGAGGCUUCGGGAAAGUGACAAAUUCGUAAAUCGCUUCAACAGUUUACCGAUCAUCAUGAAACUUACCACUUUCGAAUGUUUCGGAGCACCGUCUAGUAUAUAAACGAUGCUCCAAGUCACUAACUCGAUAAUGGCACAAUUUUUCCAGUCCAUUCCCUCAGUCAAGAUAAAAAUAUCAACAGCGUAAUGACAAUUAUCGCAAACUGAUACUUGAUAUUUUGAAUUUUCCGAUAAAUUUUUUCCAGCUUUUAUCACGAGAAAAAAAUUCUGCUGAUCGGGAUGGGAAAAAUUGUGGAGAAAAAUGACACACGUGUCGUGAUCGCGAGCAAUGAACUGUUGAAACGAGCGAAAACUUUGCAACUGUUGCCGUUUUUUUCGAGUAACAAACGCGUUCGAGAUAGGCUGAAGCAACGAUCGAUGCCGAUCCCCGUAUACCUAUCAAAAGUUUACCGUAUGGAGGCAAAAGAACGAGAAAAAGUUAUGACAAAAAAGCCAAAAAAAAAAGAAGCACAGUGUUGAUGUAGUUAAUUGAAAAAACGAGAGAGGAAUAAUGGAUGCGAGAGAAAUCGAGAGGGGCAAAAUUCGACGGGAAACAAGAAGAGAAAGAGCACAUGAAAAAAUAACAAAAAUUUCCACACUGCACCGCGUUACGAGUCCAUUGGCAAAAGCAAGCAAGCAAGCAAAAAAAACGUGAAACCGGCAAACAAAACGAGACUACAAAAAAAUGAAAGAAUGAACUAUAACACAAAAGUACGAAAUGAAAAUAAAACAUUUUAAUCGGUAUCAAGUCACACCGACGAGCGAACGCGACGAGAGAGAGAGAGAGAGAGAGAGAGAAAGAGAGAGAGAGAGAGAGAGAAAGAGACGAACAGAGAGAAAGAGGAAUUAAAAAAUGACGCGCGUUUGAUUUCGCGUCGUCGUCGUCGUUGUCGGUGAUUCUAGGAAACAGGGUAUGUUUUUUGCAAUUAUUUGCGUAUAACUUGUAAAGAAUAAUAAAUGAAAUCGUACUAAGGACCCCUCCUGACCUUCUCGCUCCCUCAUCCAGCCCCAGCAACCGAUUUACCAAGAAAAAUGAAAGAGGAAUUGUGAAAAACUGACCCGCCAUCCCAACUCUAAUGAUAUUUCUCAUGAGACCAUACACAAAAAUAAUGGCGCGCAAAUUAAUAAUUCAAACAACAGCUUUUUCAAAGGAAAAGAAACAAUUAAGCGGAUUGGAUAACAUGCGUGCGGAUGCGAAUACAAGUAAAAAAUCUCAUUAUCAAAGCGUUAUUAUUAAUAUAUUUGCCAUCGAGUCAUGGUUCAUUGUAAACGGAAAAAAAAAAAAAAAAAAAAAAAACAAUUGUAACAUGAAUUUCAUCGCGCAUUGAACGGACGAUUCUCUCAUUCUUUUCUCCAUCUCUUGAGCUCGUAAAACGAUCAAAAAGUGUCAAUGGAAGCAAGAGUUUCUCGGUUCAGUGAAUCUUACAAUAAAAAGCUAAACAGGUUACGAAUUAGCCUUUCUAUUUCCAAGCCUUCAAAUUUUCAUGAAUAAUUCAUCUUUUUCAACAAUUUGUCUUGUUUCUUUUUGUUUUUCGAAACGGGGGGAAUCGAUUAAUUCUCGAGAAACGUGUGUUUGUCUUACCGCUCAUAACUCAUGGGGCAGAAGACGAAACAACACGAGAUUAACGAAAUAUAUUUGACAGAUGUUGUCAUAAGCGCAGCGUUAAGCCCUUUCAUCUUUCCUUUUUAUCUUUUCCCUCCCUCCCCCUCGAAAAUUCGUGAAUAUCCGCAAACUAAACCUAUCAAAAAAAAGUGCAUGGCAGUGAGAUGAAAAGUAGUAGAUUGAGAAUGAAGCAACGACAAUUGACGAAAAAUCACGCGAAUACUCAGGCAGUCGUAAGGUCCAUUAUCGAUAACCAAUAAUGGGUUGCGCUCGUGCUAAAAUAGUACACUGAUUUUUUAGGCUGAUAAAUUAGUAUGUAAAAAAAAAAAAAGAAAAAUACGGAGGGGGAGCCGAAUAAAAUUCAAAUGAAAAAUCCACCGCAGCCCGCUGUAAACCGUGCCGAUGUAUCCCUCAAUGGCAUAGUAUCGUGAGCAGAGAUAAGUAUACAUAUCGAAUGGAAAACCCUUCAAAAUUCUUCUUUGAUAACCCACCUCUAAAUAUAAUAAAAAGAGGUAACCGUCGUUGGAGCAUCGUUUUCUAAAAGAAUUUUCUAAAAAUCGUCAUUAAUUACAAUGCAUGGUAACGGCUACGAAUGAUUUUGAUGAAAUGAGAAAAAAAAUGAAGCUUCUAUUGAAGAUAUUAAAUUCAUAUGAUUCAAUAAAGUGUCAUCGUGCAAUUAUUUUGAAUAGUUUUUCAAUUCGGAAAAUGCCCGUCUCUGCUGACAUUGAAACUCUUGAAACAUCAUCUAGUAAAAAGAGUGAGCCAAAAGGCGAUCGUUUCGAUCUCGUUUGUACGAACACUAUGAUUUUUGUUUUGCUGUACGCGUAAGUGUUUCUCUCUGGUGCGCAUGAGUUUGAGUGUUUGUUACAAGUCCCGGAGAUGAAUAAGCGAGAAAAAAAAAACACAGCUGAGCGCGAAUGAAUGAGAGACAGAGAGAAAGAGAGAUAAAAGGAACAACUUCUACGAAUCUGCGAAUAAUUCCAAAAGUUUCGUUAUCAGACAGGGUGCUAUGUAAACUAUAUCGAUAAAUUUAGUAGCUUCGAUCGUCUUCUACGAAAUAUCUCGAAAUACAGGAACUUUUUUGUUUCUUUAUUCAAUGAACAAAAAACCGAAGAAGCGUCGUAUCAUAAUAUUCUAGUUAUAUUUCCAUUCUCGCCGCAUCAGCGACCCGGCCAAUUAUUCGAUCAAAUCCGGGACCAAUCAUCCGACAUUUUUUCUCGCCGAGUAGAAGCGUGUGUGUGCGCGUAUGUGUACGGCCCUGCGUAGGUGUGCGUGUGUCCGUCUCUUGGUACGGAAUUUUCUGGAAGCGCUUAUGAAAAAGAAAAACAAAAAACAUUUCGAAAUGCGGAAGAUAAAAAUGAGCAAAUUUUUUAAUGAUACAUAAAUAAGGAGAAAAAGAUUCUGCUACUAUUCAUUAGAGCGAAAUUAUUCGAAAUUUCGUUAAACUGUAUACCGCUCGCGUGUUCCAAAAUGAAUGUUAUUAGUCAAAACUAAACAAAUGGGACUGAGAGGUAAACUUCAUUUUCUUUUCCAUUUCUCCAUAUCUUUCUUAAAUUCAUUUUUAUAUUGAGAACAAGACGUUCCUGGGGAAUCGACACGUUGAAUAAUUCGUGUCAAGGAAUUGCAUUUUAUCGAUUGAGGGUUGAAUGAUGAUAGAGCAGAGAAAGAGAGAGAGAGAAAGACAGAGAGAAAAAGCAUGCGAGGGGAAAAAAAGGUAACAAAGAAAAAGGUGUAAAAGUGAAGAUAAUUUUGAUUGGGUGGUAUAGAGACAAAUUGCAUAGCAUAGUUUUAUAUAGCAAGCCAUUUGUGCAUAUAAACAAAUGAUACACACACAUACACACACAUACACAUAUUCAUAUAUGAAAGAAUAAAAAUAUAUAUAUAUGACAAUUAUUAUGAUAACUAUUAUCGUUUAAGAUAACGGAUACACUUACCUACAUGGAUAAUGUAACUGAAAAAAAUCAUGCAUAUAUAUACCUUACGAGAAAAAUUAAAAAAUUGAUAAUACUGGGUAGGGCAAUUUAGCUGAACAAGGAAAAAUUACGAGAAAAAGCAUAUUUUAAAUAAUUAAUCGCCAAAGAAGUUUUUAAAUUAAUUCCUAGCUACUAAGACAAGUAUAUGAGAAAAAAGCGAUUAUUCACGUAUAAUGAUUGAAAGUGAAAUCUAAAAUUAAUUUAAAAUCAAGAACGAUUUCUAGGCUAGUCGAGGAUCAGCAUAUGGUGGUUUUGAUUCGAAAACAUCAAUGAAUCGAGUUCGGACGUCGAUAGAAACUGAUAGUAUAGAUACAAGAGUAUGAAAAAACCGAAUAGCGAACGAACGAAUGGUCAAGUUAACGAAAAAAAAAAUAUUAUUCUAGUCAGUGAUUUGUCACUAUCUUCUCUUCUUCUCGCAUUCCGAAUAUGUUUCAUAAUUUGGUUCGUAUCUCGAAUGAUAAUUUCACUUAUCUCCGAGAUCGUCAGUGACGUUACGAUUCUUAGAAUUAUUAUUUUUCUUCGGUGUUUAAGUUUCUUUCUUUCUUCAACGAAAUCGUGAACUUAAAACGGCUCGCGUAAUUGCCUCGCAUACCGAGGAGUAUCUGGUCGAAAAAGUGUCUUUUCGCGAGCUUUUUGCAAUUAGUAAACGGAAAAUCUUAAGAUAGAGAAUAAAUAAAAUUAAUAUGGCUGACAAAUCAGCCGAGCAUGAAAUAUCUCUCUUGUAAAUAAGACAAAUUGAAGAUCAUGCGAAUUAGUAACGCAUUUUUAACUAUUAUUUUUUAAUAAAUUCGAAAAAAUAAUACAUCUAUUCAGUGAAAUAUCAUAAUUGAAGUAGUACCAGACUGCAUAUUCACACACAUGUUUUGAUUCAUAAAUGAUCACGUAAUAAUACUGUACUUCAUUCGUGUGUUCAUGUCGUAUAACUUUCUCUCUCUUCCUCUCUUCUCACUCGUUUUAUCUUGCUCUAUCCGUUUAUCUUUCUCUCUCUCUCUCUUUUGCGCUCCCUCUGUCCUCCUGUCUUUCUCUCUCACUCUUUCCCUUGCUCUCUUCUUCCCCUCUCUGUCGAUCCGUAUUCCUCGCACUCUGCCGUCUGCUUGAACGCAGCGAAGGUGCAACAGUUGGCUAACAAGUGGCUCUUUCGCGAGCAAACGUUUAAGGAUUAUAUUCAAUUCACGAUUCACGUAAAAUACACGUAUGCAUUUAUGUAUGGACACGGAGGAUGAGCUCCAAAAUCUUUAGUAAAAUUUUAAUCUCUUUCAUUUGUUACGCGAAUAUAAAUUCCUGUAGUAUACUAAUGAACUACUUUCGAUUUACAUUCUUUGGACGAUUCGUACGAACGGUGUAUGGAGCCAACAAAAAUUAAAUGUAUCUGUGGAAGUGAAAUUUUUAGCCGGUGUGAGGAAAUAUUAAGAGGCCAAGUUUUGCAAGAAUUUUUAUCAACCACCGAUGCCAAAUCCAAAGAUAAAUCUUCGCUUUUUUCCUGUUCUUGUUUUUUCAUAUUUUCCGUUUCGUUUUCAACUUCUGUUUUAGUCACUUUCCAAUUUAUUCCUCAACACUUAAUUCGUUAAAAAAAGCAUAACAUUCAUUUGGAUUUCUGUAGUUAUUAAAAUUGGGAUAUAAUGGAUUUGAUCUAUGGAUACACAUUCGUUACAACCUUCCGUUUAUUAUAGGGCAGCAUCGUUUCUCAGUUCAUUCGAUAAUUACGCUGGAAAUGCGGUAACGAUCAGAACGUAGAGAGAAGAGAGAGAGAGAGAGAGAGAGAGAGAGAGAGAGAGAGAGAGAGAGAAAGAGAAAGAGAGAAAGAGAGAGAGAGAGAAAAAGAACGCAAAAGAGGAAGCUAGGUCGAUGAAACUAUAAGCAAGAUAAAUAAAAGGACGAAGGAUCCUAACGAAAAUGAAUUUCAAUUACCACGCCAUAGUGAAACCAGUUGAAGCCACGUGGAGAAAGAGCGUAUUCAAGUGAUUGAGCGGACAGUAAAUGAAAAGCCAUCCAAUCCAAAAUUCGCUAGAGACAGAUGCCAGGAGAUCGCAGCUUAUAGAAGCAAGCACAAAAUGAAUAUGUGAUGGGAGAAUUCACAUAUAAGCGAGAAAAUGUGAUUUCAGCAAUGAUGGGUGAAGGAAAAACAGAGAGGUCUUAGCAUAUCAGUGUGUUGGGCUUCGGAAGACACACACGGAUUCAUAUAUAUGUUGAAAUUUAUAAUUACGCAUUAAGGAGGAGAGAGGAGGAAGGACUAAAACAGUGAAGAAAAUCGCGUUGGAAUUACCCCUUUCCAGUACAUUAAAGUCCGAUAGACCCUCACCGAAAUUUCCCAAUUGUUAGUGGGAGGCUUGUUUUCAGCUUUUAGUUUGAGUUAGCAACUUCGAAAGAAAGUUCGAGAUAUCCCCCCUCUUUCAGUUUUCGUUAGCAUGCGAAACAUGCAGUGUCAGAAUAAGAGUUAAAAGGUAAAUCGACACCUCGACGCAUCUACAGCUCGAGAUAAGUUUCAAGCGGAAUUCAUUAAAUUUGAGUUUUUUAUUCAUAGUAUGGAGUACUUUUCUUAUUUACUUAGUUUAUAAUACUGGAAAACUUCUUUCGACUGAAACCAACAGUUUUUUUUUUCAUAUUCGAUAAGAUUUUCGUGUUUCAAUUGACAAAUCAAGAAGUCGAUGAAUUUUUUCAAGCUCCACUAGAGCUCGCAGAAUCAUCCAUUUCUAAAAGAGUGCUAAUGAUCGGGAUCAUCAAAUCACCAAAACAUCGUUGUUGCCAAUCAUUUCAACGUAAAGAAUUCGUGAUGGUAUUGAAUCAGACAAAUUUGAGCUCCAAUUCAAUAAGAAUGGGGUCCGUCAAUUAAGACCAGAGUUAUUUAACGAAAACGACGGAUCAAAUAAAUCAGUUCUCAGUGUCUUUCGAGGGAGGGGUCAGAAAACACGUGUACUUGUGGUUUCGAAACGGAGUUUGCUCGGGCAAUCGUAAGUUUAUUAGAUACAAGAAUGUAAAAAAUGAAGUUAUUCGUCGGUUCAACUUGUUUAAAAAAAAAAAAAAAAUCGACGUUUCGUUACAGUACAGUACUUUCCGUGAAUGCUUCUCCUUCCUUCAUUCAUUUCUGUUAGCUUUGCUUGUAGCAGAUUGGAAAUAAUAGGAGAGAAAAAUUGGACAGGAAAAUUUGGUCUCGACCAAAUCGAAUGGUAAAAAAACAUCACGAGAUUUUAAAACAACAUGAAGCUAACUUAUACCAAUCACUAAUCUUGAUCCACGAUUAGGAUCAUUGAGCAAAAAAUUUCUUGUUCCCAAUGCGGCUAUAACGACGAUUGCCAUUGCGUUUCCAUUAUUAUUAUUAUUAUUAUUAUUAUUAUUACAAUCAUUAUUCAUUUUUAUUAACAUCGCAUAAAUCGCAUAUUCCCUCGUAUUAAUCGAGGGAGAGCGCUCGUUAUACAGAAUAUAACGAUUGCAUUAAAAACUUACAUUAGAAGGCUAGUUUAUGGAAAAAAAAAUAAAAAAUAAAAAACAAAUAAACAAUUAAAUAACAAUUGACAAGCAUACCGAAUAAGCCAUGCGAUAUGCUCUAUGGAUUUUGCUCUAGGAAAAUUGAAAACAUUCGAAAAAGAACACACUGCGUGAAAUAUCAGGUGGCUGAUAUGCGGGGGGCGGGGAUGAGGGAUCAGGAUAACCCUAUUGUGUACAAUAAGAUGAAAAAUAAAACAUGUACUGCUAUAUUAUGAGAUUAGCCAGAUUUAAGACAGGUAGCGGGGAAACACGUUGAUCGGUACGAGGACGCGGUGUAAGGUCGAAAUAAUGAUAUUGAUAAUACGUAUAAUAAUAAUAAUAAUAAUAAUAAUAAUAAUAAUAAUAAUAAUAAUAAUAAUAAUAAUAAUACCAAUAAUAAUGGUAACAGUUAAUGAAAAUAAUAAAAUUAAUGAUUACUUUGACACUAAUAUUAACUCUAGGAUUAACAAUAAUAAAAAUAAUAACUUAAAUGAUAAAAUUAACAAUAAUAUUAAUACUAAUAAUAAUGAUAAUAAUAAUAUAUAAAAGCGAGAUAGAUAGAAAGAGAGAAAGAGAGAGCGAGAGCGAGACGAAAGAUUUGCAGAAACAAACAAAUAAAAGAACAGUUGCGUUAAUCGUUUUUUUCCCAAGGACGAGUCCCUUAUUAACGGAUCGAUAGUGCGUUUUAUGGGGCUCUUGGCGAACACUUUACACUUGUUUUAUCUGGACAUAAAUGGAAUAAAAGGAUUAAAAAAAAAAAAAAAAAAAAAAAAAAAAUAACAAACGGAAAAAAACACUUAAUCACUAUAGACAGAAACUACAAAAAAUCAAGAUGUUAAGAGAAUAAAAAGUUACUGGUGGCUGCCCUCGAAGGCGGUAACGUCAAUCACAAACGAGCACAGAGUCUCUCGUAACGAACGUCAAACAUUGAAAGUAAAACGUUAAAAGGGAUGAACGUACGGACGGAGCGCGCGAAAUAACGAAAAGCUUAGCCGCACGCACGCGAACACACACGAACAUAUACAUACACAUGCACACACAUUCGUUCGAAUCUCCUGAACCUACAAAGAAUAAAUUUUUAAUAGCAUUUGAACGAGGGUUAACAUCAGUCGGUUUUUCUUGGAUACACCCAUCAUCAAAAGUGACGUUGGAUAAGAAAGGAAGCACCUUUGUAUCAGAGCUGAAAACGAAAGUAUUCUUAGAAGCCUCUUAUAGUUUACAUUUUUCCGUGAAGCUAUGGGGGAAAAUGGGAAAAAUGUCAGAAGAUUGUUUUUCGACUCCGAUAGAAAAAAACCGCAUAUGAAUUUCCCACACUUGUUCCUACGAAGAACAAAAUUUUCUACAUGGAAAAUUGAGUCGAUUUCUAUGAAAAUGCAAUUCAUUUAUCCGAGGAAAGUGAGCAAUUAGCGCAAAGGAACUGUUCAACUGGCAUAGCUGCUCGAAGUCGAAGUAUACACGCGUAUUUUUUGAACGUUGAAAUGCGUGAAAUUCACGCGCGUUCUUGAAAAUAAAACUUCAUUCAUCGUGACGAAUUGAGCGUGUACAAACGGAUCUCAAUAUGUAAAGAAAUGAAGAAAUAAUGCCGUCAAUUGCUGCUAUCGUUUAGGGUUACUACAAUUAAGAGUUCUCUGUUGCAAUAAUUAUUGCUGGAGUUUUUUUUUUUAUUCAUCUCCAAAUAUCACAGCUUCUCUUCUUAUAAUUUUGGAGGAAGAUGUAUUGGAGGAAAGGCAAUAAAAUUUGAUUGAUAACAGACAAAUAGAAUCGAAAAAAAUAAGCGUGGGUUAUUUAUUUAUUUAUUUAUUUAUUUUUUUAAUUCAAAAUAACUCGUUAUCAAAAUGAAAGAAAGUCGUUAUCAAAAUGAAAGAAAAAAAUUAACAUCUUCUCCGAUAUGUCUCCUAAAAAUGUAGCAUUGAAUGAUUUAAUCACAAGACUAGCUGUGAUGUUUCGAGAACAAUAUUUUGUUCUUCAAGACAAAGUUAAGGAAAAAGGCUUGUAGGCAUUGGGAGUAGAUAUUAAGUUAUAACGCAAAAAAAAUACCUCCCAAAGCUUGCAUAUAUAGAUUUUUUUGAAACUUUUACGUAGUAAAUGACGAAAAGUGUGUAGUUUUGAUAGGAAUGUGCGGAAAUAGGAGUCAUUAAACACAGGAAUAUUCAUUAGGCAAAUUGUGAAUUUAUUGUUUGGAAAAUUUAUUUGCAAAAAUCAACCCUGAAUGAUGGUAACCCUGGAUAAUAAAAUCUUUAUUAUGAAAGUAAAAAAAGUUGAAACGUUUGUUUUAUUAUUAUAUAUUAUGAUGAAUUAUUAUACCUGAUUUAGAAUAAAGCAUUUGACAGUUUCCAUUUAUUCUAUUAGUUUUCAUUCCUCGAUGAACAAAAUGCUCAUCCGGUUCGAAAGAAUACUUCCGAGAUAAAAAUUUGGUGGGUUCUUCUGAUCAAACGAAAAGUUUUCCACUAAAAUUCCCUACGACUCUCAUCGUACAAUGGAUAAUCAUAUCUCAUUGGCACUCAAGUGAAAAAUCAUUUUUACUUCAACUUUUGAAAGCUUUUACAGAACCUGAAACAGUUGUUCAGAGCUCGUUGCUUAUGAGCAAUAUUUCUGCAGGGAAUUUCAUUCCCUACAGACAAUUUUGUACGACUUUUUUUGGCGUUGUAUCAAAUUUUCAAAGAUCGUAUUGGACUCUGUUAUGUUUCGUGGCAAGUCAUCAAAUGCAAAGGGCAAAGAGCACAUGAGAGUUAUUUUGUGUUUGGUUGUCUUACCAAGAGGAUACUACUUUUCCACUGGUUCAACGUUUUCGAUGAAGCCUUCGAAAAAUCGCUUUUUUCGCCAAUCUUAAUAUCCUUAUGCAUUUAUAUUUGAAUAUAAAUAAAAACUUGAAAAGGUACAUGUGCGUACGUGCGAUUGCUAUUAAACUGCUGCAAACGCUUUUCCAAACCGAUUUUUCUUGACACACUCGCGCGUUUGUGAACCGUACACAUUUUCCUGAAAGAUAAAUAAAUUUUUUGCCCAAUCGAUAAAAUCUGGGCGAAGAGACCGAAAAAGAUACUGAGCAAACUAUACAUAUACACGAAAUAUAAAGCACCUGUGAAAGCGUUAAAAAAUUGAACGGGACAAUGAGCAAAUAGCGGAUAUCAAUGUGGAAGCGCGAAAAAAAAAGAAAGAAUUGGCAACUGAACAAUAAUAGGAAAUAUUUUAAAAGGAUCGCGGUGUUUGUACGUUCGUUCAAUGCACACACGCUCCCGAUUUCGGCAGAGGAUCACUUCUCUUCACCAUUUCUCAUGCAUUCUUCUUUUUUCUUCAAAUUUUUUCUAUCUCUUCAGUUUCGAACUCAUGCGAAUGCUGAGAUGAAAUUAAUUUGAAAAAAAAAAAAAAAAAAAAAAACAUUUUUUAUUUUCAAAAACUAACUAACGAACUAACAAAGUUCUGUGUACGACGUACCUUGUCCCAUUUGUAACUCGCAUACCACAGACUACAUAAACUAGCUAUUACGAACAUGGCCACUAGGAGCGAAUAUACCAUUUGGAUAGUUUAUCAUUAAUGGAAUAAUAAGUCAAAGUUAUAGAGAUAUAGGGAGAGAGUGAAAGUGAGAGAGAGAGAAAGAGCAAGAGAGAGUGAGAGAGAGAGAGAGAGAGCGAAAGAGAGAUGAAGAUGGAAGAAGGCAGUGAAAAAUAAAGCGAAGAACCGGUAAUCAUUAUAUAGGUAUAUUAACGACAUUAUUUCGAUUAUUAAACAUAAAUUUAAUAUAAAAAUAAAUGAUAAAAAAGAAACAAUACAGAGAAAACGAUACCUAAACCCUAGAUGGUCGAUGGUGUUGUAGAGGAGGAAAAUAUUGAGGUGUGUUGUGCGGGGCGUUGACGAGAAACAUCGCUCACUUCCUCCCCCUCCCCCUCCUCAUCCCAUAGUACUUAGGCACGACGAAGAAAGUUGGGGUGAAAAAACCGAGUAAUAACGUGUCCUCGUGUCGAAGAAUCGCCGUAGCUAUUCAGGCACGACGAUUAAAUGCUGAUUGGGGGUUGAAAUAGAAAAACGAAGUGAAAGAAUUAACGAUUAAGUGUGCCCCUCGGCCCUCCCCGCUACUGGGGUUAUAAAGUUGAACACAGAGAAAUGGGUGAGGGAGAGAUGGUGAAUAAAAAUGAAAUAAAACCGCCAAUUACUUUAACUUCGACAGUACUAUUAUUUGUAUGCCGAACGAUUCUGCCGUUUUCAGCGCGACAUAUUUUGGCGAUUCUUUGGUGGUCAGAUCAUGGUGAUCGCGUUCAAAGAGAAAUAAAUACAUUAAAAAUAAAUAAGACAAAAAAAUUUAAAAAAAAAAAACAAAACAAAAACAAAAAAAAACAAAAAAGUACGAGACGAGGAGAAAGAUGAUGAUAAAAAAAUAAAAGAAUAAAAGAGAAAAAACCCAGAAGUUUCUAUACUUUUUACGGAGAUUGUUAUAGUCUAAGCGCACACUGAUCAAGGCAUUCGUCGCUCGGCAAAGCAUAACAUAAUUAUUAAUAUAAAAUUUAUAACAGAAAUAAAAUAAAUGAAGUUAAUAAAUAUGUACACUGUAUAAUAAACAUUAUUUCCUAUUAAUAAA